GAAGGACAAGGAAAGAAGCACACAUAUUCCUAUACCCUCCCAAGUUCUUGAAGCAGCCAUGAAUGGCACAGAAGGACCCAACUUUUACAUCCCCAUGUCCAACAAGACCGGGGUGGUUCGGAGCCCCUUCGAGUCCCCUCAGUACUACCUGGCAGAACCUUGGAAGUUCUCUCUGGUGGCCGCCUACAUGUUCUUCCUCAUCAUCACGGCUUUCCCCAUCAACUUCCUCACACUCUACGUCACCAUCCAACAUAAAAAGCUGAGGAACCCGUUGAACUAUGUCCUGCUCAAUCUGGCGGUGGCUGACCUCUUCAUGGUCGUCGGAGGAUUCACUGUCACCCUCUACACGUCCCUGCACGGAUAUUUCCGCUUGGGUGUGACUGGCUGCAACAUUGAGGGGUUCUUUGCUACUUUAGGAGGAGAGAUUGCGCUGUGGUCUCUGGUGGUUUUGGCGAUUGAACGCUACGUUGUGGUGUGUAAGCCAAUGUCCAACUUCCGCUUUGGGGAGAAACAUGCCAUCGCUGGGCUGGGAUUGACAUGGAUCAUGGCUCUGACCUGUGCUGUACCACCCCUGCUUGGAUGGUCACGGUACAUCCCAGAGGGAAUGCAGUGCUCCUGCGGCAUUGACUACUACACACCCAAACCUGAGUUCAACAACACCUCAUUUGUCAUCUAUAUGUUUGUCCUGCAUUUCUGCAUCCCUCUUGUCAUCAUUUUCUUCUGCUACGGUCGCCUGCUCUGCACCGUACGAGCGGCUGCGGCCCAACAGCAGGAGUCUGAAACCACCCAGCGAGCCGAGAGAGAGGUGACUCGCAUGGUCAUCGUCAUGGUGAUCUCCUUCCUGGUGUGCUGGGUGCCGUACGCCAGCGUGGCUUGGUACAUCUUCGCCAACCAAGGAGUUGCCUUUGGACCAGUGUUCAUGACAGCACCGGCGUUCUUCGCCAAGAGUUCCGCCCUUUACAACCCGGUCAUCUACAUCCUGUUCAAUAAGCAGUUCCGAAACUGCAUGAUCACCACAGUGUGCUGCGGCAAGAACCCGUUUGGGGAUGACGACGCCACCACCAGCGCCGUUUCCAAAACCCAGACUUCAUCCAUCGCCUCCAGUCAGGUGGCCCCUGCUUGACCUGCACACCCAAACCCUUUCUGACCUCCUCCCUCCUCUUCCCCACAAACUCCCUCCUCCUCACUGUCCCAUCUGUCCCACUUUGGGAGCCACCAACACCGAGCAGCAAACAUCAUGUUUUCCUUCUUCUUGGGCCAACCCUCUCCACUUACUUACCUCUCCAUGUGUUGUGGCUGCCCACUCACCCUGCAGCCAACGUGCGUACAUUCAAGCCUUUUCAAGUGCAUGCCGGUGACCAUCAUGUAUCAAGGGUUGAGAAGGGGAAAUGACUAGUUUUUAGUUACCAAGCAGCUAACCACAGGCUGAUUGAUCACAUUUCCUCAUAGACAAAAACAACAGAUGUCAGUUGGGCAACAAGAGAUGGAUGGAGUAUAAAGUAUGUACUACAUUUACUGUUUUAUAUCCACACCUUUAUAUCAGUUGAAGAUGUGUUUUUGACUUAUCAGCUGGAUGCUGUUGCACGGUACGUUUGGAAGCAUCAACUCUGCACUAAUCAAGUUGCUAACGAAGAUUGCAGAAUACACUGAUAACAUUCAACUAAUCUACACUUCCCAUCCAUCCAUUUUCUAUACCGCUCGUUCUCACUAGAGUCACGGGUAGCCUGGAGUUGUAAUUAAGCGUAGUUAAGCCCAAAAGUAUUCAUACAACAGCCAAAUUAGGAAUUAAAGUGCAUUUGAAAUGGUUAUAAAAUGGAAAUGACACAAGAAAGUGUCUUAAACAGCAGUAAAUAAUACUGGCUGACGUGUGGCACAGUUAGCCUCCCCUCAGAGACUCAACAGAUUUUCUGAAGCUUGUUUUGUGCUUAUUCGCUUACUGUAUAGGAAGUAAAAAUCAAUACAUUUUUUUUAACCGAACUCAGCUGAGCAGGUAUGGGAAAAAAUAAAAGUUUUUCUUCAGCUGCUGUAGCUCACCUGAAGUCUUCUGGUGCCCCUCAGGGUACGUCGGCCUGACACUUGGAUGGAGCUUACCAGCAUCCUUUAGAAUCGCACAAGAGAUUGGAUUUCCUCCAAAUUGUCUAAAAAUAGCAUGAAGGAAAAAAAAGGCAAUGAAAUUAGAGAAUAUUUUUCCUUUCUUUCCUCUAACACAAUGUCUUACUGUCUUUGUCAUUUCCAUUCACCAAAUCCAAAUGAUCAAAAACUCAAAAACUGUCCGGGUAUGAAUCAUUGUGAAUCUCCACUAUGAAAAGUUCCAAUAGGAAGCGAACCUGGGGUGUCCAAAAUGUUUCCAGCCAAGGCCACAUAUGGGAAGUCAAGAAAUGCGGGGGCCACUUUGAUAUUUUUUAUUUUGUAAACAGACUACAAAAAAAUGAGAUGUUUUAUAUGUAUUGAAUGUCAGCUUUGUGUUAUAAUAUAUGUUCUAUUUUAUUAUUAUCAAAGCUUCAGUGUUUCCCUCACUACAUGACACCUUUUUGCUCUUUUUUUCCCCAUUGGUGCAUUGUUUUUGUUUUUUCUUAAAUUUAAUUUGAUAAAACAAGUUACAGGCCGGGCUGCACGGUGGCCAAGUGAUUAGCAUGUUGGCCACACAGCAGGAAGACCUUGGUUCGCUUGGAGCAUGUUCUCAUGGGUCUUGUCCGGGUACUUUGGUGUCCUCCCAUGUUAGGUUCAUUGGUGACUCUAAAUUGUCCAUAGGUAUGAAUGUGAGUGUGAAUGGUUGGUUGUCUAUAUGUGCCCUGUGAUUGGCUGGUGACCAGCCCAGGGUGUACCCCGCCUGUCGCCCAAAGUCAGCUGGGACAGGCUCCAGCGUACCCUAGUGAAGAUAAGCGGCAUAGAAAAUGAAUGGAUGGAUGGAUGGAAGUUGCAGGCCACCAGUGGCCCCCGGGCCGCACUAUGGACACCCCUGAAGUUAACGCUCCUGUAAGACAAAUAUGAGAGGCACACAUUUUCAAUGCCAGACGUCAUGAAUGUUGAAAGGGAACGCAGUGUGGGCAGCUUCAUGCUGUGCGCCACAUUCACAAUGUCAAGAUUGCAUUGGAGGAAAUUACAGGUUACCUUUAAAAGCCAGUGCAUUGCAAAAUACCGUCCUUAAGUUACUCCCCAACUGUUCACUUUCGCUUCACUUACCCUCACCUCUGCAAAAUAGAGAUCCCUGCUUUGACGACUAAAUGAGCACGUAUGUAUGUCCAAAUUAAACCUUGACUGUCCCUCAGUUCAGCUUUUAUUACUGCUUGCAUGACGCAGCAUAGACUGUACAUUUAGUUUGCUGUAGGGAGCCGUCUCAAUUGGUUUGUCUUAAGCAAAUGAACUAGAACAAAUGAGUUAUUUGUGGUGUCUCGGCUGAGCUUAUAGGGCGUCUUGUGUAGUUCCUCUUGUCUUACGGGGGGUGAAGGUGAGGCGUCGACUGACUGGGACAUGAAUGUAAACAGAUGGACCUGAAUACUGCCUCUGUGGGGGGGGGGAGCCUCCUGCAAGAGACUGGAUGCAUGUGUGUGUGUGUGUGUGUGUGUGUAGCUG